CUUCACUCCCUCUCGCAUGUGUCGCCGGGCAUCAGCUGCACCUGGUGAGCCGCAGGACAAAGCCGGACAAAGACAGCAGCACAGACGCAGAAACUCCCAGGGAAGGUCAUCACAUCACUCCACUUACAAGCAACAGUGAUCCAGUUUUUCCGAGAUCUGCGGACCUGGGUCAGGCCGUGCGUCUGAGAUCCUGAUUCGAAAAACCUCCCCCGGUGAUCGCUUCUGUGUGGGCAGAGGAGGCUCAGGACAUUCCCCAGGCUGGAACAGGAAACAGAGGAGAUGGGAUCUGGAUCUUCCUCCUACGCACCCAAAACCGUCUAUCUGGAUGUAGACGGUAAAAUCCAGAAGGUUGUUUUCAGUCGGCACUGCAGCCCCUGUGACAUCAAGGAGCUGCUCUGUUCCUCUUCCAAUAUCCCCAGGAACACAGCGAUCAUGCUGGUGGACCAGGAAGGAGCCAUUGUCUCCAUCGACCCCACGAUGCCCACUAACUCUCAGAGCUCUCUGUACAAAGUUGUUCCUUUAUCUGGUGGUCAGCUGGGAGAGAAGGAGGACAUGUUUCAGAACGUACUGUCUCAGGUGGCCGAGCAGUUCAGCAGGGCUUUUCGGAUCAACGAGCUGAAGACAGAGGUGACUAACAGGUUGGCGAUGCUGGAGAAGAGAGUGGAGUUGGAGGGGCUGAAGGUGGUGGAGAUCGAGAAGUGUAAGAACGACCUGAAGAAGCUGCGGGACGAGAUGACGUCCAGGGGCGGGGGCAGAGUAAACUGCCCUUGCAAAUACAACUUUUCCGACGAUGGCAAGAAAAUGACCCCCAGAAGAGAUGUCCCCAGUUACCCCAAGUACACUUUAUCCCAGGAAACCAUCGAAGCGCUGAAGAAGCCAACAUUUGACGUGUGGCACUGGGAGCACAAUGAGAUGCUGAGCUGUCUGGAGUACAUGUAUCACGACCUGGGCCUGGUGAAGGAGUUCAACAUGAACCCCAUCACGCUCAAACGCUGGCUGAUCAGCAUUCAGGAGAAUUACCGCAACAACCCCUUCCACAACUUCAGACACUGCUUCUGCGUCAGCCAGAUGAUGUAUGGCAUGAUCCACCUGUGCAAUCUUCAGGAGAAGCUGACCUUGACAGACAUGGGCAUCCUCAUGACCGCAGCAGUGUGCCAUGACCUGGAUCAUCCAGGCUACAACAACACUUACCAGAUCAAUGCCCGGACAGAGCUGGCCGUGCGCUACAAUGACAUCUCCCCCCUGGAGAACCACCACUGCGCUGUGGCCUUCCAGAUCCUCUCCCAGCCUGAGUGCAACAUCUUCGCCAACGUGGAGCCCGAGGUCUUCAAGCAGAUCCGCCAGGCCAUAAUCACACUGAUCUUGGCCACUGACAUGGCCCGGCACGGCGAGAUACUGGACUCCUUCAAACAGAAGGUCGACAACUUUGACUUCACCAAUGAGGAGCACGUGACCUGCCUGAAGAUGGUGCUGAUCAAGUGCUGUGACAUCUCCAACGAGGUGAGGCCGACGGAGGUGGCCGAGCCCUGGGUGGACUGCCUGCUGGAGGAGUACUUCAUGCAGAGUGACCGGGAAAAGUCAGAGGGGCUCCCAGUGGCUCCCUUCAUGGACCGGGAUAAGGUGACCAAGCCCACAGCGCAGAUCGGCUUCAUCAAGUUUGUCCUGAUCCCCAUGUUCGAAACUGUCAUGAAGCUGUUCCCGCAGAUCGAGGAGAUCAUGGUGCAGCCCCUGCGCGACUCCCGCGACCACUACGAGGAGCUGAAGCAGAUCGACGACGCCAUGACCGAGGGAUCCCAUCUGGUGAUCCGAUUUGGGAAUUUUAAGCAGACCAUCUAGAGUGGGGCUUAUGCUGUGCAGGCCGUGGGAUUUAAUGUCCAGAGCGAAGGGGGCGACUGUCUGUAAGCGUACUUCCUCAGUCUUCAGCCACGUCGUGCUGGUUCGCCCCUCCUUCCUGCUGAGACAAAACCAGGCAUGCUCUGAGCGGCCUCACUUCCUCUGCUCCUGCCCUCCCACGGACGCACAGGAGCUCCGACGCCCUGAGCAGAUGUCUUCGAGAGGACUUUCGUGGCAAAAAAGAAUUCAACGAUUCACCUUUGUCUCCUUCGGUGGCUUUUAAAGAUGCCAAACGACGCGUCAACACUAGAAGAAAAUCCUCCAUUUUUGAAAAGGCUUUUCUUCGUGUCUGCUUCUGUCCCCCAGCGUCUGCGGUUCUGUAUCACUUUCUGGAAGGUGAAUGUCAUUUUUAGGAACUUCUUGAGGAUGUUUUUGACACUGAGGAUAGAAAAUAUCGAUUCAGGUGAAUUUCAUGGGGUGAUUUCUUUCUUAUUUUACUCCUUGAAUGAUUUGAUUUGUUUGAGUCGCCGUGCUUCAUGUGUUGUUAUAGAGAAGAGUGCUGUUUGUCCUGGACUGUGUGUCACUCCCCGUAUCCUACCUACCUCAGUCCAGGUGAGACCAAAUGUGGGAAAGGAAGCUGUCAGGUCAGUUUAUUAAGGCUGAGUGGCCUGUGGCUGUGAACACAGGUCCUAGCACUCUGGUCCUUUGUGGACAGAGGGCUGUAGAUGUCUGGUUUGAGCAGGACCGUCCUGAUUUGGCUGCCUGCUUCUACCUGCUUCUACUGCUUCUAGCCUUCAGGGACCUUAUAUUUUUUUCUGACUUUAACCUUUCAUUGUUUCCAUAUGUGCUGAUAAUGAGAACAGGAUCCAUCAGAUACUGGUCAGGUGAAAGGUUUAACACAGCUUUAAGAUUGUGCCUUCACUAGUCAACCACAGGAAUGAUCCUCCAUGGCUUUGUGGUGGAGAGUUAGAAAUGAGCUCUGCAUCCUGGAAUUGGGACUGCAGCAAUUUCACUGAUCCACACCAGGACAUUUUUAUAUAUAUAUUGUAGCUGACUUUAUCAAACGGUUUAGUCUGAUAAAAAAGAGAGGGUUGUUGUUGUUGUUUUUUGGUGAAAUCUUCUCAUUUUAAUCUUUCUUGUAUCUAGAAAUGUUUUUUCUUGUUUUUAAAUAUUGGACAUGUUUUAAAACCACAUGACAAAAAUGAUCUGGGCAGUCUAAGCAGAGUCCUGCAGAAGUGUCACAGUGCGUGAUUUGCGCCCCCGUGUGGGGAUUGGAGCAAACUGCUUGAGCUCUGCUACUCCACGUCUUUCUCUUGAACCACGAACAGACUCCACUUCCUUUCAUACCUAAACAGAUCUGAAGAGUGCAGAGAAGAAAGAGGAGGAUGACUGUUCAUCUCAAGCCUGCUCCAGCUACUUUAUAAUAUUUUUUUAAACUCAGGAAGAAUACCGAAGCAGGGAUAUAAUUUUCAUUUAGCAUGUGUUUUUUUUCUGCACGUGUGCAUUGAGUCUAGUUUUGUUGUCUUAAUCCUUGCUAUUUUGUGUUAUAAUGUUAAUCUGUUAGUUUACAGGAUUCUGAUCUUGAAACCUUAAAUGGACCUCACCUUGUUCUCUGUUUUGUUUGAUGCUUGUGAACAUUUGUAUGUUCAAAUUGUAUAGUAACUAAUCAGGGGCACGUUUCUAUAGGCAAAAUACAAAUCUGUAAUAAAUUAACUCAAACUAAAUUGAACUGUAUGACAUAAUGACAGCCCAUGUAGGUCCUUGUCCCUAUUACAUAUUGAUUGAUAUUGAUCUAUGUUUUUGUCAAAGAAUGUUUUACACUCUUCCACUGCAUAAUUUAAGACGUUAUGAAUAAAGAGUAAAAUGUACAGAAUAGAACAUUCAAAGUUCAGAUGAGAAAACAUUCAAAUUCCAUUUUCAUGUUCCAAAACACUGUCAUUUUCAUAC